GAAUAUGAGUCCAGUUUUAAAUUCGCCUCUGCUAGCCACAUGCAUGCCGAUUUAAUUUCCUUAGUCUGUCAAUCAGCACUUACAUGUGCCCUUGUCAACUGGGAGUAAUUCGUAUUGCAAACAUUCUAUUCACCUUCUAAUUUAUACCACAGUUUCAAAACAACUUCAAGUCCAACAUGGACCAAAAACACAAAGAGUACAUCAAAGCCUUACAUGUCGGCCACGUUCGACCAGAUGAGAUCCCAUGGCGGAGAUUGGGGCAGUACCUUUACAGGGUUCUAGAAGAUGGAUCACAAACUCAGAUGCGCCUCUGUAUGAUUGAGAGCCUUAUUCCCCCUCGCAGCGAGGGGCCGGUAUUUCAUUUCCAUGAAAUGCAUGAUGAGGGAUUCAUUAUCACGAAGGGCAGGAUUCGUUUCCACACACCCGGUGCUCCGCCGAUUGAUGCCAAAGCGGGAGACAUCAUUACCGUCCCAAUUCGUCUUCCGCACAAAUUCAGCAACCCUUUCAACGAAGAGGGCGUCUUCAUCAACACAAUCACUCCGGGUUUCUUCGUGCGAUAUUUCGAGUACUUAGAACAACUUCUCGGGGAUGGUACAAAACUCACAGCAGAAGCAAAUAUAGCGGCUUUGAAACGAUUCGCGACUGUUCCCCUAGAUGAAGAUACCAUCAUGAAGUUGAUUGAGGAAAGCAAGGCCAAUGGGAAUGGCGAUGUGGAUAUCGACAUAUAGUUAGCUCUAGGUUCAGAUAUUUUUUAAGGAAUAGAAACCAUCGUGAUUUUAUUUAAC